AUUGAAGUUGGAGAUUCUUGGGUUAGAGGGUGGAUGGAUGGAUUGGAGGAAAUUCUUGUGUUAUUUAAAGGCCCAGACAUGGCCUUUGGUAUGGAAGACAACAAUGGUAUUGCAGUCCUACUUCCACACAGUAGGGGUCAGCAGGACGCCAUGUUCAUCCCAGAGAGAGUGGUGACUGUUUCUGGCAUGCAUCUCCAGGACCUGGACGGCAGCCCGAACGAACACAACCGGGCCGCCGAUUCCUUGAUCCAGGUGAUUGAGAAGCUGAGCAAGAUUGUGGAGAAGCCUGCCCAGCGGUACUCCCUGUCCGGGAAGAAGAGGCCUCACCUCUCCUGUGCAUCCGUCUUGGUGCAGGACAGCAAAGACGGGAGCAGCGAGACUCCCUGCAAAAAAUCUAAAGAGACAUGUGAGCCUGCAAAUGAGGAGGAAACGCAGGGAGAGUAUUACCUGGCAGGAGGAGGUACGCAGGAGAGCGGCUGUGGCAGGGUGCUCACCUGCUACCAGUGCAGCCUGUGUAGGUACAUCUCCCCAACGCUGCCCUUGCUGAAGGAGCACUUGCGACAGCAUGAACUGCCCCAGGAGCAGAACAAUGUGAUCCUGGUGUGUUCUGAGUGCUGUUUCACUUCUCACCAGCAGAAGGAGCUAGAGGCUCAUAUCAGGCUGCACCUAGAUGGAGGCGAUAGUCACACAGCCGAAUCGAAUGCUGCUAAAGCAGCCGCACACUCGCCUUCGAUGAAAUCUGAAAGUGGCGGCCCCCCCAUAGACGAGCAGCCCGUGAAGAAGAAGUGGUACAGCUGCGAGAAGUACGGCAUGUACAGAUGCUUGAUCUGCAGCUACGUGUGCGGCCAGCAGCGCAUGCUGAAGACUCACGCGUGGAAGCACGCCGGUUUGGUGGACUGCUCCUACCCCGUAUUCGAGGACGAGUCGGCUCCCGAUCCUGUGGGCGAGGCCGUCAUGAUCGUCACGGGCGUUGGCAGCAAACAGGAACCUAUACAGGGGGCGUCCGCCUUCGAGAUCGAGCUGUGCGAGCCAGCGGCCAAGAACGGUCGGCAGGCUGCGGUGGCCGCAGAGGCUGUAGAGGAAGCCUACGCAUCUAAAGUGCCGUUUACAGAGGAGCCAGCAGUGGAGGUACAGGUGACGACGGAGCAGGAACCCGAAGCGCCCUGCUCAGACAGCCUCCUCUCAUCUGCGCAGAAGAUCAUCAGCCGCAGCCCCAACAGCGCGGGACACGUCAACGUCAUCGUGGAGCGGGUCCCUGGCGAGCCGUUCCUGGUGUCCGAGGCAGACAAGCGGCUCCUUCCUGGGGAGGCGCACACCACCUACUAUGAGGAUGAGGAAGUGGUCGUCAGUUGGUGCGGUAGCGAGAAGCCACAGGCCGACGAGGACCCCGACGAGGCUCAAGAGGUGCCGGCGCCGCCCCCAGAUGAGAACAUGCCCCCGACACGCCGGCGGACGCACUCCGAGUCGCUCCGGUUGCACUCGCUGGCCGCUGAGGUCCUGGUGGCCAUGCCCACGAGGACAGCUGAGCUGAGCAAGUCUGGUGUCAAGAGCCUGGUAGGCUUGAGCACCCAGGGCACUGACACGGGCCAGGGCCUCCUCGACGUCGCUCCGCUAAAAGGUCCCCCUCUGGCCACCAUCGGGGGUGGUGGUGGCCCCACUGCUCUGGUCAACUUAGAACUGCAGACGCGCACCGGUGCGGUGACUGCCGAGGGCCCGGCGAAGAUGGGCAUCAGCACGUCCCUGCUGACCGUCAUCGAGAAGCUGCGGGAGCGCACAGACCAGAACACGUCGGACGAGGACAUCCUGAAGGAACUGCAGGUGAACGCCCAGGGUCAGGCUGGCCCCGACUCCAGCCUGCCUGAAAGCAGCUUGGUGGAGGUGAUCCCCAACAGCGACAGACCCUUUCGCUGCCGCCUCUGCCGCUAUACCAGUGGCAACAAGGGCUACAUCAAACAGCACCUGCGCGUGCACCGCCAGAGGCAGCCCUACCAGUGCCCCAUCUGUGACUUCAUCGCAUGCGAUAGCAAGGACCUGGAGAGUCAUAUGAUCAACCACUGCAAGACCCGCAUGUACCACUGCAAGCAGUGCAAUGAGACCUUCUACUACAAGAGUCAGCUGCGGAGUCACGAGCGAGACCAGCACGGGCUCAGGCACACCGCAGCGACCCUGAUGCCAGUCACCGAGAGCGGCUCGAGCACAGUGGGAGCUAAGGAGAAGGCCACAGAACAGGAUGCCUGCCGGGUCUCCUCUCGAGUCCUGCAGAAGCUCCACAAGUGUGAUGUUUGUGAUUAUACCAGCCCCACGUACGUCGGGGUCCGGAACCACCGGAGGAUCCACAACUCGGACAAGCCGUACAGGUGCUGCAGCUGUGACUUUGCCACCACCAACAUGAACAGCCUAAAGAGCCACAUGAGGCGACAUCCACAGGAGCACCAGGCCGUCCAGCUGAUGGAGCAGUACAGGUGCUCUCUGUGUGGCUACGUCUGCAGUCACCCCCCGUCCCUCAAGUCUCACAUGUGGAAACAUGCGGGCGACCAAAACUACAAUUACGAGCAGGUGAACAGGGCCAUCAAUGAGGCCAUGUCGCAGAGCGGCCGGUUAUCCGGGGCGGCUCACAAGUCCAUGACGGUCUCAGAGGUGACGGAGGAGCAGACAGUGACGGCCUCGGACGCCGCCGCCAAGCACGCCGCCGAUAUGGAGACGCCGGGGGCGCCGCCCCUGACCGGCACGGCCCCCGCUCCCGCCGAGAAAGUCACCGGCGCGCGGCUGGGUGCCGAGCACUGCGUCCUGCUCUUCUGCUGCUGCAUCUGCGGCUUCGAGUCGGCCAGCAAGGAGCGGCUCAUGGAGCACAUGAAGGAGCAUGAGGGAGAAAUCAUCAGCAUCAUCCUGAGCAAGGAGCUGCCAGGAGCACAAACCGCCCUGCCCUCUGCAGGGCAAUGAGACGCACUGCGUCCCCACUGCUCUCAAGUGUUUUACUCCUCAUCCACAAAGAGGUCUGUGGAGCACCCCCCCCCCCCCCCACACCUUUUUCAAAAACGCCCAAUCUUAGGUAUAUUUAUUCCUUUCUGUUUGCCAUGCAAAAUUUCCUCCACUUAAACCACCACAUACAUUUAAACUAUUUUGAUAGCUGUAUCUCCCUUGUGUUUCCACUUUCAUAUGAAGAGUAUCGAGUGAACAAAUGAGAUGUUAUAGUCUCUGCACAAAACAAGUAGAAAUAUUUAAAAGGUUUUUUUUGUUUGCUUAACAUUUAAUAUCUUACCAGUACAGCAGUCCCAAGUUAAACUUUAAGUUGAAUUUUAUUUGGGAUUUCAGUUCUUUAUAAAUACUUGGUUAAAUCAGUUUUCGGUAUCGACUUAAUACGAAUUAAUACUUGGUCAUUAUGUUCAAGACAUUACAUACCUCCUCAAACGAACAUGCUUGCUUGGUAACGGUAUUCGGCCCUGAAAGGGUAUAAGCGUAGUUUUUGUUUGGCAGCUUUGGUUGAAAUCACUGUAAUAUUAAAACUAUAUUUAUAGUUUGAGAUUCACACAUUUUCACACAUGGCUGUAAAAUACCUUGCUACUGUAUGUUUUUACUAUUUGUAGUUAUGACGAUAUUUAUUUAAUUUAUAUUUAUGCACAUAGUUUUCCGUUAGCCAUGUCAACUGAGAAGCCUUUCGUAUGAUGUUCUCUCCGGUGCUAUUAAAUGAUCUUUUAGAAGUAAAAGCCCUUCUCUCGACGCAUCCCUCCUGGCGGAGAUGCACAGGAGAACAAAAAAAAAAUCACUUAAGGAACAAACCGUGAAACUGUGGGCUUGACUGACAGGGAAAUGUCAUUCAGGGUGAGUUUGUUGUCUUGAUAAAACCAAAUACGUAAAUACGUACUUUCUUGCCGCCUAUGUACUGACCUUAAAAUCAAGGGGGUUUCUUCAUUUUUAAUUUUUUUGUCAGGACAAAAUACUCUUCCUGUAUUGAUGCAUAAAUAUGUACCAUUAAGUGCUGAGCUGGCUAAGUUAAAUGUGAUUGAUCAUUUACAGCCACACAUUUAAUGGCUGAAAUUGUUUGCUGUUUGGUACAUCGCAUCUCGCCCCCUGCUUCUGGGUUUGACCAAGACUCUCCCGAAGCAUAUGCGCUUAUGGAAGGGAACACUGACUUUUCCUCUAACUUCUCUCCAUCCAUCAUGUGGAGGGAUUUCGAUCAUUGUAACUGUUAGGCAGCCCUCUGCUGGCUGGGAUCCUAACAGAGCUCAUAAUUUAUCCAUGUGAUAACCGUGACUGACACCUGAAUGAUUCUCAAGCUUUCCCCAAAGUCCUCUGUUUCUCCCUUUUUUGACAGUUCUAACUGACAUUUGUGUUGUAUAUUUAUAUUGGGUAAUUCUCUGCUCAGCUGUGCGUUUAUUGUCUAACGUUUGACAUGUUGUGGCUGUAUCUAAUGUGUACAAAUGAACCAUUUCUUUCACA